UAAUGCAUAACAUUAAUGCAGUUCUUUAUUGUAGGAUAAAUGUUAGAUGACUCCGUUCAGUUUUUGAUAUAAUGUGAAAAAGCCGCAACUCCUAUCGCGUCUGAUACAGUGCUGCAAGCAAAUCACUCCGCCCAAGUAGCAGUGCUUUGAAUUCUGAGAAUAAAGUUCCCAAUAUGGGCACCCUUCAAAGGUUCAGAAGUGUUCUUCUGAAGUCCACAUUCAGAUGGGCAAUAUGUCCACAGUACAGCACUAUCAUCACUGCAAUGAACCGAGAGACUCAGAUUCAACAUCACUGUAUGCAAAGCAGAGGAUUGGGAGACAUCCCAGCCAAUCCGGGUUCUGCCCCGCCACGUUUACCCUUCUCCAGGGUCACCCAGGAUGAUCUUUCCUUCUUUACAAAGCUGCUGCCUGGAAGAACCAUAACUGAUCCAGACUUGCUAAAGUCCUACAACAUAGACUGGCUGAAGUCAGUGCAAGGUCAUAGUGAGGUCCUCCUGAGACCCAAAACUACAGAAGAAGUUUCUCAGAUUAUCAGGUACUGUAAUGAGCAUAAUCUGGCAGUGUGUCCACAGGGAGGAAACACAGGUCUGGUGGGAGGAAGUGUCCCUGUAUUUGAUGAGAUCAUCCUCUCUACUUCACUAAUGAACCAAGUCAUCACUUUUGAUAGCAUCUCGGGUAUCCUCACUUGUCAGGCAGGAUGUGUGCUGGAGAACCUCUCUCAGUAUCUGGAGGAGAAAGAUUUCAUCAUGCCUUUGGAUCUCGGGGCAAAGGGAAGUUGUCAUAUUGGAGGGAAUGUGGCCACUAAUGCAGGCGGUCUCAGACUGCUGCGCUAUGGGUCACUUAGAGGAACCGUUUUGGGCCUGGAAGUGGUUCUGGCAGAUGGUCGGGUUUUGAACUGUCUGGCCACCCUUCGUAAGGAUAACACUGGCUAUGACCUCAAGCAGCUUUUCAUUGGCUCAGAAGGGACAUUAGGAGUCAUCACUGCUGUUUCCAUCCUGUGUCCACGCAAGCCUAAAGCCAUCAAUGUAGCAUUUUUAGGCUGCUCCAGCUUUCAACACCUCCUGGAAACAUUUCAGUGCUGUAAAGGGAUGUUGGGAGAGAUCCUGUCUGCAUUUGAGUUUUUAGACGCCUCCUGUAUGAAACUUUUGGAGAAGCACCUGAAACUGAGCAACCCCAUUAGAGAAUGUGAUUUUUACAUUGUCAUCGAGACCGCUGGAUCCAACGCAACCCAUGAUGAAGAAAAACUUCAUAACUUCCUGGAGGAGGUCAUGGCGUCAUCGCUGGUGACCGAUGGGACAGUUGCAACGGAGGCAGCAAAAAUCAAGGCAUUGUGGUCCCUGAGAGAAAGAGUCACAGAGGCUCUGACGCAUGACGGUUACACUUACAAGUACGACAUCUCUCUUCCUGUGGAGAAGAUCUAUGAUUUAGUGAAGGACAUGAGGGGGCAUCUUGGAGACAUGGCCAAGAAUGUUGUUGGUUAUGGGCAUGUUGGAGAUGGAAACCUUCAUCUGAACAUCACCUCCCCCGGCAAGGAUCCAGCUCUCCUGGCUGCCAUUGAGCCAUACGUGUACGAGUGGACGUCAAAAUGGAAAGGCAGUAUCAGUGCAGAACAUGGACUGGGUCUGAAGAAGAGAAAUUACAUUUACUACAGUAAACCCUCAGAAGCAGUUGCUCUUAUGGGCGACAUUAAAGCCAUGCUGGACCCUAAAGGCAUUCUUAACCCUUACAAAACUCUUCCAGACCACUAAGAGAAAGUCCAUCAACCUGUAAAAAUCCUGGUGCAUUAAUUGUUUCCCAAGCCUGUUCAAACAGUGCACAUUUAGGAUGCAAAUCAUAGGAAUUUCAAACAUGAGGGUGAGUAAAUGAUUACAUUUUCAUUAAUGGGUAAACUACUUCAAUGCUGCUGAUGAUUGAGUCACAUUAGCAAGAGAUUAAAACUCGAUAUCUAGAAACAAAGAAAUCAGCACUGAAUUGUUUAAGUAAAAAUCCCAGCAUGAGAUUAUUUAUUGUUUUCAUAAUGUAAAUACAUCUGAUUAUGUCCUUGUUGUUAAAUCAAUAAAGAUGAUUUUAGUUAGGU